AUGCAGCAAAAUGGAACCACAGAAAAUCCAGCAGACUUAGUGUCUAGAGGAGUAAAAGUUGCUGAUCUCAUAGACAAUAAAUUAUGGUUUGAAGGCCCAGAAUUUCUCCUAAAAACACGCAAUAAUUGGCCACAAUUACCACAUCACAAUUAUGAAGAUAUUCCUGAAGAAAAAACUAAGGCUGCGACUCUCAUCGUAAAUCAAUCACCAAAUAUAUUCUUCGAUUUUAAAUACAUCAAUAAUUACAAAAAGACUCUAAGAAUUUUUGCCUAUGUGAAUAGAUUUAUUGCUUUAGUUAAAAAAACAAAGGAAGUUAAAAGGGGUCAUAUCACACUUGAUGAAGAAAAUCAAGCAUUAUUAAAAAUCUGUACUAUUAUUCAAGUGGAAUCCUUUUCUGAAGAAUAUAAGGCAUUGUCCAAAACUAACGUUAUAAAUCACCAAUCAAAAUUAGUACAACUCUCACCAUUCAUCAAAGAUGGUCUUAUUCGUGUAGGCGGUCGUCUUCAGAAUUCAUCGUUGUCUUUCGAUGCCAUUCACCCGAUUGUAUUGCCUAAUCAUCACCCAUUUGUUCGAACACUCAUUAAUCACCAUCAUCGAAUCCACAUGCACGCUGGAACUCAAACACUCAACAGUCUUCUUCGUGAUCGCUUUUGGAUUAUAGAUGCUCGGAACACAAUUCGCCACACCAUACACAAUUGCAUUAUUUGUUAUCGUUGUCGACCCCAAAUAUGUCAACAAAUAAUGGGAUCAUUGCCUAGAGAUAGAGUCGAACCUUCAUACCCAUUUACUAUUACCGGAGUGGACUAUUGCGGUCCGUUUUCAAUUACUCAUCGUAUAAGAGGUAAGCAACCAACAAAGGUAUACAUUGCCGUAUUUAUUUGCUUCACAACAAAGGCUAUUCAUAUGGAGGUUGUAAUGGAUCUUACCACAAUAGCAUUCAUAGCUGCUCUAAAACGAUUCAUAGCCAGAAGAGGCAAAUGUAAUACCAUAUAUUCAGACAAUGCUACCAAUUUCGUUGGAGCAAAUAAGGAACUGAAAUUAUUACUUCAACAUUUCCUAUCAUCGGACCACAUAGCUGCCGUCAGCGAGAACUGUAACCAACAAGGUAUAAAGUGGAAAUUUAUACCUCCCCGUUCCCCACACUUUGGAGGUUUGUGGGAAAGUGCAGUAAAACAAGCUAAAUAUUUUCUUCGUAGAGCUGUGGGCACCUAUCUCUUUUCGUAUGAUGAACUACAAACCGUAUGUUGCCAAGCUGAAGCAAUAGUUAAUAGUAGACCACUUACACCAAUGUCCAGUGAUCCCGAUGACCUUCGCGCAAUAACUCCCUCACAUUUCCUCAUCGGUCGAACAGCUCAAACAGUACCAGAACCUUCUGUCGAACAUUUUGUGUCAGGAACACUUAAACGAUAUCAACAAAUUCAAUGGGCUCAGCAACAUUUUUGGCAAAGAUGGCAAAGGGAGUAUCUGAAUGAGUUGCAAAGAAAACGUAAAUGGACUACCCAGUUUGUAAACUUACAGCCGAAUGAUAUGGUACUAGUUAAAGAAGAUAAUUCACCACCAAUGAAAUGGCAUCUAGGUCGCAUAGUGGAGACAAUAAAGGGCCCAGAUGACAAGGUUAGAGUUGUUGUUGUCAAAACUAGUGAUGGUCAACACAAAAGAGCUAUUACAAAAAUAUGUAAAUUACCAAUAAAUUGA